AUGGCCCAAGGCUUCCAGUAUGCCGCCGAAAGGUUUAAGUUGUACAGCUACCAAAUGGCGAUGCGUGAGGCAGCACAGUCCCAUGAUCCAACAGACCUGAAAGCAACAUAUCGACAGUUGGUAUCAUUGAUUGACGGCGGAUGCUUUAGCCUCUUGAACGAGGGUGACCUACUCACAGUUCGAACUCUUGGGUUGCGAUAUAAUCUUGACCGGGCACGCGAUAGCCGGCUGUGGCAAGAAGCAAUCUCACUAUGCGACGAGUACUUGGCAAUUUCACAGGCGGCUGCAAGAGAUCUUCCCCGAGCUCAAGACAGUUGGGUCAUGGCCAAGCAUGAAUGCGAGUGGCAUGUUAUCUCUGACGCCAUGGAAGAGGCUGAAGCGAAUCUUGACUUUGAAAAGUGCAUCCAACUUCUGAGGAAGAAGUAUGGCAUGGCCUGGAGACAGGAUCAAACUCCAGGAAUCAGCAAAACCGUGCUUUUCUUGGUCGGUCCUCGACUAUAUUCGUUCCAAAUGCAGCUAUAUCAAGACCAAUGUGUAGAAUGCCUAACCUGGCUUCGAAACGCUCAACAGUCCUCUCAACAGAACACAGACGUGCUAUUAAAAAAGGCGCUGUGGGUAUUCCGCCAUAAGUACAUGAAGUCGCUCGUGCUGGGCAAGCGUUGGAAGACACUGGCGAGAAAAGUUCGGAAAGGCCACCGCAAGGUUUUCGGAGUAGGACAGAUUCGCCAGAAGCUACCGUACCUGCGCAAUCCAUUCCAGCGUCACCGAACUUGGAAAUCGAGGUUCCAGGGUCAUCUUACGGAUGAAUGCCAGUACGGCCAUGAUCGGGAACAGUUUCAGAAACCUUUCGGAUGUCAGUGCCACUGUCCUGGAGGGUAUUGCUUUGCAGAUUAG